AUGCAAACCCACACCAAUCAGAAAAAGACCCACGACUGUGGGUUAUGUAAAGAAUCGUUUUCAACUCCGUCACGUUUAAAAAGGCAUCUCGCGUUCCACGCACGCAAAGCAGAGAAAAAACAAGCCAUCGUGUCCUCUUCUGGGGCGUGUACAGCUACUGUUAAUGUUCACGAUCCUGAAUCCAUUCAGCGGCCGUUUGUUUGCGUUGUUUGUGGGAAGGGAUUCAGUGCACCCAGCAUGCUGAAGCGUCACGGUCUCGUGCACUCCGACGAGAAAUCUCACGAGUGCAGUAUAUGCUCUAAACGAUUCGCUGAUAUUCAUAAUUUGCAGGAACACAUGCGCGUGCAUACAGAGGAAGAAAAAUUUUGUAAGUGUGAUGUUUGCGGUAAGAGCUUCUAUACACCAAGUGACCUGAAGAGACAUUAUAGCGUGCAUACUGGCAAAAAGCCGCACGUAUGCACGAUAUGUUCUAAGGCAUUUCUCAAAUGUUACGAACUGAAAAGGCACAUGAAAGCGUUUCAAACUGACAAACUAUGUGUAUCUCCUGGGACGGGUGAAGCUUCUGUUGGUGUUCACGAUACUGGCGACACUUUGGUGCCACUCAUUCCUAAAACCUUUCAGCGGCCGAAUGUUUGUGAUGUUUGCGGGAAAGAUUUCAUGGCACCAAGCCAGCUGAAACGUCAUGCUGUUAUGCAUCUCAAAGUGGGGUUAGUAACGAAAGGCUGAAACUCAAAAGGCUGAAACCCGAAAGGCUGAAAAGUAUGUUUCAUAACGAAAGGCUGAAUGCACAAAAGGCUGAAACCACAAAAGGCUGAAUGAACGAAAGGCUGAAACAUGAAAGGCUGAAACUUUUGUAACUUGAAUCAUAAUCGUUAAAAAAUUCGGAGACAUGGAUAACAAACCUUUAUGAAGUGACAGAGUUCAAUGUUUGAGUAUUAAUUGGUUUGUGCAAUGGAAAAUAAAUUUUCGGCAACAUUUGAAUCUAUACACACUUGACUCUUGUACACGUUUCCUAGAUGAUUCAGGGCGAGACGGCCGAAGGCCGCGAGUGUGCGCCGGCGACCCGCCGUCGGAAGCGCCGGCCACUGCGGGGGGGCAGCCCCCCGCAGAAAUCACCUCUGUAUAGGUUCGUUCGUUUUCCUAGGUCUACUGACUCGUAGGGGUGAUCCCCUAGUUUAGUCCGAACGAGCGAUAGCGAGUAAGGACAGCAUACAUCUCGGACAAUCGAGUCGGCCGUAGGCCGCGAGUGUUCUUUUAGAAAUGAACUUUGUGAAUUUCAGCCUUAUGAUUUUCAGCUUUUCUUGAUUCAGCCUUUCGUGUUUUCAGCCUUUCGUGUUUUCAGCCUUAUGUAGUUUUCAGCCUUUCGUGAUUUCAGCCUUUCGAAUUUCAGCCUUUCGUGUUUCAGCCUUUUGAGUUUCAGCCUUUCGUAGUAGACCCCUCAAAGUGAAACCUCACGAGUGCAAAAUAUGCUCUAAACGAUUCGCACAUAUCUAUUA